AUGACUGAGCUUGGGAUAUCAUGGGGGACUGUCAAGUCCCUCCUCAUCUUCUUCGCCCCGAUCCUCAUUCCCCGGGCAAUCAACCUCUAUCGCGACUUACGAGGCACAAUAGCUUCUCGACAGUCUCCUCGUCCUCUUCCAGCUUCUGCUAAUCGAGCGCUGAACGCCCUAUUUUUUGCGAUUACCUUCUUCCUACUCCUCAGUCUGCCGUUCAACCCCCGAGCUCCGAGUCCGAACAUCUUCACGCAAACCGCCUCGCGCAUUACCACCCCGACCGAUAUUAUUUUUACUCGAUUGGCUAGAUUCCGGCCGGAGAAUAUCCUGACACCUGCGGAUGAGGCCCUGAAGGCGAAGUUUACGACUAUCGUGGCCAGGAAGAUAUACCUGCGGUUUGGACCGGAAGCGUUGUCACAGUGUCACUUCUGCUCGUUUGACCAUGUCGGAACUUACAUCCUCUACUACCUCCCGUUUAAUACGCUACUGCCACAUCUGCUCAAUAUGCUCGUCGUGGGACUGGUGACAUCCGCCCCGUUCGCCGGUCGCGACGCAGCCGGCUGGCGCAACAAGUUUACUCUUGCCGGGCUCGCCCUCGCCGCACUCGACAUCUACAUCGUGGCAACCUACGAUCCCAUCCAAUACGCACCGGCUAUCGUCCGGGCUGGAAUGGCUGCCCCCUCCGAUCUUUACCACCAAAUUGGCCUACUGCGCCCUCUGCUACUCACCAUCUUCGACAGCGUCUGCGCGGGGCUGAUCUACCUCUCCGCCACGAACCGCCUCUUCUUCGAACCCCCCUCGCAGGCGGAGCAAGUCGGACAACUCGUGGACAUGUCACUGCCCACGAUCGCGCAGGCCAGUUCGAAGUUGCAUGCGUUGAGCGUGACGCGGAAUGCGGUGGUGCGGGACAAGGCACUGAAGGACCACGACGAUGCGUAUUGGCAGGCGGUGGUGUCGAUGAACGGAGAGAACGCGGGCGGGGGUGUGGUCGAGAAUGGAGAUGCGAGUAUCUGGGAAGAAGAGGAAGUGGUGCGGGCCAUGUCACAGGCAAUGGCUGGACAGGGAAACGUGGAUUUGGCCAAGUUGGGGGUCAAUGCGAAUGAAUAUGUGAAUGGGGUGACUGCUGCUCUGGAUGAGUAG